CAUUGUUUGCGGCUGUGCCUCUGCGCAGCGGGCGGACAGAGAGCGGAGGAAAAUGGCGGACGGUGUGGAUCACAUCGACAUCUACGCCGAUGUAGAGGAGGAAUUUAACCAGGAGGCUGAAUACCCGGUGCAUGAGCAGAUCGACUUGUACGAUGAUGUCAUUUCCCCAUCGGCCAAUAAUGGAGAUGCCCCAGAAGACCGCGAUUACCUGGACUCAGCACCAGGGGUCACUGAGGGGGGGAAAAGUGCCCCAACCAAUGCAGCGUACAACUACUCCGGCAAAAGGAUCGCUCUGUACAUCGGAAACCUCACAUGGUGGACGACAGACGAGGACCUCACUGAAGCCAUACGGUCAAUUGGCAUCACAGAUGUGCUGGAAAUAAAGUUUUUUGAAAACAGAGCAAAUGGCCAGUCCAAAGGGUUUGCACUGGUGUGUGUGGGGUCUGAGACCUCCUCACGGAAGUUGAUGGACCUACUGGCAAAGCGCGAGCUUCAUGGUCAGAAUCCGAUCGUGACGCCGUGUAAUAAACAGUCCCUGAGUCAGUUUGAGAUGCAGUCUCGUAAAAGCACUUCUUCAGGACAGAUGUCCGGAGAAGGGAAGGCCGGCCCUCCUGGCGGCUCUCGCGGUGGAUUCCCGAUGGGUGGGAGAGGAGGGAGGGGCAGGUACCCCGGACCCCCUGGACCUGGGGAUCGCUUCCCCGGUCCUCCUGGCCCUGGAGGACCACCACCUCAUUUCCCAGGUGGAAUGCAGGGUCCCCCACGGCCUCCUCCAGGGCCCCCUGUUCACCCCGGCCCUCCUGGCCCCCCUCCUCCAGGCCAAGGUCUCCCACCUCCCCUGGCCGGACCCCCAGGCCGAGGGGACAGGCCUCCUCCCCCGGUGCUGUUCCCUGGUCAGUUUGGGCAGCCUCCUCUGGGGCCAAUGCCUCCGGGACCUCCUCCUCCAGGAUACGGCCCUCCGCCCGGACCCCCUCCUCCGCAGCAGGGACCCCCACCUCCGGGCCCGUUCCCUCCUCGUCCUCCCGGUCCCAUCGGCCCUCCCAUGGCUUUAGGUCCACCUCCGCACAUGCCCGGACCCCCUCCAGGAGGGCCUCCACCCGCUCCUCACGUAAACCCGGCCUUCUUCCCCCCGCCCGGCAACGCCAUGCCCCCCAACGACAGAGGCCCCCCGGGACCCAACGACCCCUACGGGCGCCCGCCGCCCUAUGAGCGGGACUUUGGACAUGGAGGACGGGACAUGGACUCUUCUCGAGCUCCUCUGAGUGAAGCAGAGUUUGAGGAGAUCAUGAACAGAAACAGAGCCAUCUCCUCUAGCGCCAUCUCCAGGGCUGUGUCUGACGCCAGCGCAGCGGACUAUGGAAGUGCUAUCGAGACCCUGGUCACCGCCAUCUCUCUGAUAAAACAGUCCAAGGUGUCUGCAGAUGAUCGGUGUAAAGUUCUCAUCAGCUCCCUGCAGGACUGUCUCCACGGCAUCGAGUCCAAGAGCUACGGCUCCGCCAGAGAGCGCUCAAGAGAACGCGAUCACAGCCGGUCGAGAGAGAAGAGCCGACGGCACAAAUCUCGGAGCCGUGAGCGCGAUCGGCACGAGGACUACUACAGGGAGAGGAGCCGCGAACGGGACCGACACCGCGAGAGAGACCGUGACAGAGACAGAGAGAGGGAGAGGGAGUACCGGCACCGUUAACAGCUCACGAGGAUCAGGACGAGGAAGGAUCAGAACGGCCGCCUGAAGGGACUCCUCUUCUUCAGCUCUGCUCCUCUUCCUCAGCUCCUCUGCCCGACCUCUGCGGAGCCUUCACGCUGUAAGCCUGUUAUAAACACACUAUACUCAUGGUUGACUAAAGAUAAAAGAAACUUUCCAAACUGCUCUUUUAUUUUUAUGAUGUUUUAUUUCACUAUGAAAGUGAUUAAGUGUGAUGCUCUUUGCAUAAAAAUAGAAGCAGCCCACAGCUCCCCCUGAUGGACAAUGCAGAUAUAUUCUCUUGCUUUGUUUUAUUUUGCUUGUACUGUGUACAUUCAGUUUAGACAUUAGUUUUUAUAGAUAUUUGAUGAUGUCGUUUUCCCCUCCCUCAUUCUCAUUUACUCUUCAUGGUUACAAUGUUCGUAAUGUCUCUGCUUUUGAAUAAAUCUGAUGGUGUUGUAAUAAAAUGUUUACUGAGGUACAUUCUACACUUUGGCUUCAUUUAUAUGAAAUGUGAAUUUGGCCAGUUUUACUGAUUGUUUUUAAACUGCGAC